CAACGAUUGUCGUCCCAGGUAGCCCAACCGUUCUUUCUUCAGAUGACGAUGAAAGUGCUCACGCUACCAUCGCGGUAGGCUCGCCUCGUAUGUGGUUGAAUCGGGAGGUACCAUUCCAGGUUACGCCUGACGAAGGGACACACUGCAUCUACGAAGAUGGGUGGAAGGUGCAGGCAUAUCCCAUGCUUCCAUGGUUCCACGCGGUCGACACCGUGAUGAGUCAGGGAUCCCGGCAAAUGGACUGGAGCGGUGUCGACUUCGUGGCAAGCCGCAACACGCUGCGGAAGCUGCUCCGGUGGACCAAAGAGUCAAAGCCGGAUGACUUCAGGAUAGAUACUCAGCUCGCUGGAGAACGCACCGUUGUGUUCGGCCAGUGGGUCGAGCGGAUGUGGAUGAACGCGGACAAACGUUAUCCAGGAUACGGGAGAAGCUUCGAGCAUGAGAGCACCUGCGCAGCUCCAGGAUUAGAGCACUUGAAUACAACUGGCCACACCCGUAUCAUCAAAUACACCUUUGGUGGAUUGACCAUGGUAGUCGGCUUCGAGGUGGAUGCAUACAUCGCCUCCGGAAAUCCAUCUGGCCCGUUGACCGUCGAAGAGGCCACAUUUUCUCCGAACAACCUGAGGACAGACGUUCCCCAUAAACCAUACGUGGAUGUCAUACACGCCGGCAGUCAGGUACCGCAGGAAAAUCUCGUCGAGAUCAAAACGGGCAAAAAGAUCAGAUGGAAAGAGACGUACCCGCAACUAUUCCUCUCGCAGACGCCUCAUCUGUUCGCGGCUAGCCAUGAACAAGGGCAAUUCCACCAGAUCCGGAGGUUGACCACGAACGAUCCAGAGAUGCGCGAGUUGGCUGCGGGGUUUCAGGGUGAUUUCUCGAGGCUGCGGAAUGCUCUGGUCCUUAGUCGGGAUGCUCUCCGCCGUCACAAGCAGUCGGCGCGUCUGAGCCUGAACCUGUGCUGAAACGCUUCGAGGUGCGUGGCAUGAAUGAGGUGAUUAUAUUUGGUGACGUCCAUCUCAGGUACCAGGACCAUAAGUCGAA